AUGCUACCUAUGAAUUCAAUGGUUCCAAAAGAACAACCCUGUGCCAUCCUCGACAUCAAAGACUGUUUUUUCUCGAUACCUCUGCAUGAGAAAGACGAAGAGAGAUUUGCCUUUUCAGUCGUGUUCCCAAACAGCCAGCGUCCCAAUAUGUGCUUCCAAUGGAAAGUACUGCCUCAAGAAAUGAUCAAUUUGCCUACUAUCUGCCAAAUUACAGUGGAUCGGGCACUGGCGCCAGCUCAGCAAGACAACCCAAAUGCGACCAUCAUUCAGUACAUGGACAAUAUCCUGGGUGCUGCACCAUCAGAGAAUCAGAUUAUAAUUGUUCCCAAGGUCCUACACCAUCCAGAAGAGAAGAUGUGCUACUACUGGGGAGAAGAUAACGGCAAACGUCACAAAAGGGAGAUCCUGACAGCUGUGAUGAUAGCAGCUCUACUCGGUCUGGGAGUAGCUGGCACACAGCAGCUGCAGCUGCUGCACUUCUGCCUCUUCCUGGCCACCUACCUGGCUGCCCUCCUGGGUAACAGCCUCAUCAUCACCACCAUCGCCUGGCACCACCACCUGCACACCCCCAUGUACUUCUUCCUCAUCAACCUCGCCCUCCUUGACCUGGGCACCAUCUCCACCACUGUGCCCAAGUCUGUAGCCGAUUCCCUGAGGCACUCCAGGGCCAUCUCCUAUGCAGGUUGUGCUGCUCAGGUCUUUUUUGUUCUCUUUUUCAUACCAGCAGAGUAUUUUCUCCUCACCAUCAUGGCCUAUGACCGCUACGUUGCCAUCUGCAGACCCCUGCACUAUGGCACCCUCCUGGGCAGCAGAGCUUGUGCCUACAUGGCAGCAGCUGCCUGGGCCUAUGGCUUUCUCCAUGCUCUACUGCACACAGCCAAUACAUUUUCCCUGCCUCUCUGCCAGGGCAAUGCUGUGCACCAGUUCUUCUGUGAGAUCCCCCAGAUCCUCAAGCUCUCCUGCUCCACAGCCUAUCUCAGGGAAGUCUGGGCUAUUGUGGUUGGCAUCUCCUUAGCAUUAGCCUGUUUUGUGUUCAUUGUGGUGUCCUAUGUGCAGAUCUUCAGGGCAGUGCUGAGGAUGUCCUCUCAGCAGGGAUGCCACAAAGCCUUUGCCACCUGCCUCCCUCACCUGGCUGUGGUCUCUCUAUUUCUCAGCACUGGCUUCUUUGCCUACCUGAACUCCCCCUUCAUGUCCUCCCCAUCCUGGAACCUGGUGGUGUCAGUUCUGUACUCACUGGUGCCUCCAGCAGUGAAGCCUCUCAUCUACAGCCUGAGGAACCAGGAGCUGAAGGCUGCCCUGAGCAAACUGCUCACUGGAUGCUUUCAGAAGCAAUAA